ACAGUUUGAGUAUUGCAGUAAGAAAGCAUUGAUAUUUUAUCUUUGCUAGUGUUCUCUUUUUCGUGUCCAUACGCAAAUACUGAUCCUUUUUUGCUUGAAAGGACUCUAUAUCCAUCCAUCGGAUUGCAACUUCAUCCCAUCCAGAACAGAACAGAACAGAACUGGUGGUUGCAUUGAAUCGGAGGGGUAAGUGGGAAGACGUGUCUUGUUUUGUAGCUUUCCCUUCCCUCUCUCUUUUCCCCGCCGCAUGUGCCGGAUUAGACGCGAACUGCUUCCAUAAUUCACCUCCUCCAAUCAACCAUCACAAGAUUUCCCACUGAAACUCAGAAUCCUCCCUACACUUUGCAAAAAUAAGAAAAGACAUCAAUCUGUGGAUUCUUUAUUUACUCAAGAUUUGAUUGGAUGGAAGAAGCAUGUGAAUUUCGAAGUUGGGCUGAAUUGAUUCCUGAUGCCCUGGGGGUAAUCUUCACCAAUCUUUCUCUUCAGGAGAGGGUAACAGUGAUCCCCAGGGUGUGCAAAUCAUGGGCUAAUGCAGUAACUGGACCUUACUGCUGGCAAGAGAUAGACAUCAAGGAUUGGAGCAAUCGAUGCCAGCCCGACCAACUCGAUCGGCUGCUCGAGAUGCUUAUCACAAGAAGUUCUGGAUCCCUCCGCAAACUCAGUGUUUCUGGCCUCCAAACUGAGAGCAUCUUCACUUUCAUUGCUGAAAAUGCCUGUUCUCUCCAUACAUUGCGACUGCCAAGGAGCAGUAUGAAUGAUUCCAUUGUGGAACAGAUUGCUGGGAGGCUUUCUAUGAUUUCUUUCUUGGAUGUGAGCUACUGUAUUAAAAUCGGUCCCUAUGCACUUGAGAUGAUUGGCAAGAACUGCAAACUGCUAGAAGGGUUGUGUCGAAACAUGCACCCGUUGGAUACUGCAAGCAAGCCGUUUCAAGAUGAUGAAGCAUAUGCAAUUGCCUCCACAAUGCCUAAGCUCAAGCAUCUUGAAAUGGCUUAUCAUCUUAUCAGCACUUCGGGUGUCCUUCAAAUACUUGCAAACUGCCCUAAGCUUGAAUUUUUGGAUCAAAGGGGGUGUUGGGGUGUGACACUUGACCACAUGUUUUUAAAGCAGAAAUUCCCAAAACUGAAGGUUUUGGGGCCUUUUGUUCUUGACACUUAUGAGAGUGAUGGCUGGGAUGAUUUCUCAGAUGUGUCAGAUUCUUCCGAGUACUUGGCCUGGGACUUUGUGGCCGGUGGCAUGGAAGAAUACUAUGUUGAUGAUAGUGACAGUUAUGAUGGAAUGUGGGAUGAUGAAGGGAGGCUAGAUGAGCUUCAGUUCGGGUUUUAUGAAGGGAUAGAAGAUGCAGGAAUGUAUUGGCCUCCAUCUCCAUAAGAAGCUAUAGCUGCUGCAUGCAUUACUUGUGAUCAAUUGUAUGCUUUUCUACUCUUGUAACUAAUGCUUCUUCUACUUUACUUUUAUGUGGUGCUCUAUGAAUGAUAUGUUUUUCCUUCAAGUAAUGUUGGGCUUGCUCUGCCUAGCAUAUGCAUAACUGAGUGAGAUUGUUAUUGACCUUACCUUAGAUUUCUUACUUAAGUAGGAAAAGGAAGGGAAGAGAAGGCUCCCUUGUUUCACAUGUUAGAAGUCGACAUGUUGUAAUUGGAACAUCUGGCUUAUGACCAUGUUGUACCUUCUUGAAAAAUAUCUGUUUGAUGAGGUUGUCAAAUUGGAUUCAAAUUUUUAUUGUUGUAAUAAAUUAACUGCUGAAAAUGUAAGAAAGGAUUAUUCCAUAUUGGAUCCAAUCCACGAGAGAUUUUGAGGCUC